CCUGCACAAGGCGUCCCACUCCUUAUGUGAACCCACGGUUUCGAAAUGGAAUCCAGCCAGAUCCUCAUACCACUUCGUCUCUGUGCAUGAUAUGAUAAUGAAAUAUUGCGUGACAAUAAAUUUCCAAAGCUACCCCUCAUGAAAUCACGGGAGAGCUCCUAUCAGCCCCUGGAGCUUGACAACAUGGAUCCGAACUCAUCUUCGAGCGCGUUUCUUUCAAAAGAUGCCUCAGAUGAUCCAAAUCUACCGUCCCUGGAGCGACGAAAGACAUGGAGAGCACGGUUCUCGGGGUAUCGUGGGGGAUUACUUGCCUCUAUUAUCGUGUCUUCAAUUGUUCUCAUCUUGAAUAUCCUUCUGGUGGUUCUUUCGCUUACAGCAUGGCAACCAGUGCAGAACAUUGGCACAGCUUUCGUGGGGAAUUGUAAAACGGCACGCAAUUGGGUGAUAGCAUUGCACCUGCUUAUCAACUUGCUGAGUAGUAUCUUGCUGGGUGCUUCCAACUACACAAUGCAGCGUCUCGUGGCACCUACUCGCAAGGAGAUCGAUGCAGCUCAUGCAAGACAGAAAUGGCUGGACAUUGGGAUUCCCAGUGUGAAGAAUCUCUCGAGCAUACACAAAUCCAGGCUUCUGCUGUGGGUUCUUUUAUGGAUCAGUAGUGUGCCUCUCCAUCUCGUUUACAACUCUGCGGUCUUCCAGACCGUGGCUGCAAACAAUGUGGACUUCCUUAUAGUUUCCGAGGGCUUCUUUAGAGACAAGGACAGCUGGAAGAUCCGAGUAGAGACAGAUCAGGACAAGGAAACAUUUGAGACGAUCUCUAGGUUUCAAGAUCUUGUGUUGGACGAUAAGUACCUUGAUCGAACGAUUUUCCAGAACCUUUCCGCUUCGGAGUGCAAGGCUCGCUAUAAAGCACCCUUUGUUACGGACGCCGGGACUGGCUUUGGCGUCUUAACCCAGGAGCUUCAAGAAAGGAUUGGGAUGAAUGAUAGGAAUCGAUCAUUCUUUACCUAUGCCGGAGGCUAUGGAAACAUCAAUAUCGAGGCCAACCAAGCUCAGUUAUCAUACUGUCUCAGCCAGAUUAUAGAGCAACACUGCGAAGUGCAAUUUCAUCCCACAAUCUUAAGUAUAGUCAUCGCAUGCAAUACUGUGAAGAUCAUUGUCAUGGUCCUCGUAUUAUGGCGUCUUAAUCACGCCACUAUCGUAACGAUGGGCGAUGCCAUACAGUCUUUCAUUCAGAUCCCAGACCCUACGACUGAGAACUGCUGUCUCAUGUCAACGCGAACGGUCGAGACGCUAUGGAAGUCUCCAGCUGCGCGACUCAAUCAGCGUUGGAGCUCGCGCAAGAGACAUUGGUACGCCGAGGGAUGUUCCGCACGCCGCUGGGGUGCUUGUCUUGCAUUAUCGGGUGCUGCACUUAUUGUAGCGAUUGUGUUUUACAGAAUUCUGGAUCAAGACGUCAAUCAUACAACUCGUAAUGGGUUUGGUCAACUCGACAGUGAUUUCAUCAUCGACAUCCGACUGCCCGUCGCUGACUCGAUCAUCCCCUAUGUCCUGCUCGCCAACUUACCACAGGCGGUAGUCUCGCUCAUCUACAUAGCAUACAACGGACUUUUCACCGCCAUGCUGACCGGUCGAGAGUGGUCCAACUACGCCUCCAAGCGCGCUAGUCUGCGCGUCACAGAUCCCCGAGGCGAGCAACGCUCUACCUACUUCCUCCAGCUUCCCUUCAUGUGGUCCAUCCCGCUGCUAUUGUCCAGCACCAUACUGCACUGGUUCGUAUCUCAAGCGAUCUUCCUGAUUCGCAUGAGCGUUUACAAGGAUGGAAAACGUCUCGAUGUGUCGAACACCGAUUUCACGCGCUAUCAACACAUUAAACCCACCGGAUCUGUCUUUUCUGGUAUAGGAUAUUCCGACACUGCACUCUUGGCUUGCAUCGGGUGGGGCUCGGGUUUGAUAUUCACUUGUUUACUCGUUGCAGUCGUCUGCAGAUAUCCGAAAGGCUCAAUUGUCGGAGGAACGAACAGUGCCGUUAUCUCUGCUGCUUGCCAUAUCCGCGGCAACAGCGAUGGCCAAGACGAGCACAGCUCACGAUAUGAUGAGAUUGUCGAGAAGCCUCUGAUGUGGGGAGUGACGAUUCCAGGGAGCAGACAGGAAAUUGGACAUUGUUCAUUCAGCGCGGAAGAGGUCCAGAAACCAAUGUUUGGGCAUCUAUACGCUCGCUCUCACUACCAGUAGGCCUGGCGAGGCCUCCCUAUACUUCAGUCUAUGGUAUGAAGUGGUCUAUGGGCCAUGCCCUGGGAAUUUCCAUGGGACUGAGGGGCUUAGAUUUAAGAAAAAUACCAGUCUAGAGAAC